CAUGAAGUUCCUUUCAUUUACUUUCUCAUCCACCUUUUAGAGAGUGCUGCUUUAAUUUUCUUUCUUUGUUUCUACCAGGUUGGUUACGUUCGUGAACUCAAGCUGGUCCCAGGAAAAGUGCACAAAAUGAGGACACUGAGUUUAAGGCCGGCCCUCUUUGAAAUCGAAGAUUUUCUCACUGAACAGGAAUGCGAUGAUAUAAUUUUCAUGGCACAGACCCAAGGCCUUGAACGAUCGUUAACACUCGGAGAAGAAAUACCUGUCGGCGAAGAGAGCAGCGCAAACAGAACGGCGGAGCGUUUUAUUCCAGAGGAUCCCGCAGACACGUUUCAGCAACUCGAUACAAACCUCGACGGACACCUGGAUUUCGCAGAGGUUGCCAGGGGUCUCAUGGAGCUUGGACGAGUCCUGAUAGACGAAGCUGAUGCUAAGAAGAUGUAUCGCGAGAAGCAGCAUUACCAUUGCCAUUAUGAUUCCGAAGACGAAGAGGCGAAGAAUAUACCUUGUUGUCAUCAAGCUCAAAAUCUCGCUGAAGACGUUAUCAGGUAUCGCGAGAAGCAGCAUUACCAUUGCCAUUAUGAUUCCGAAGACGAAGAGGCGAAGAAUAUACCUUGUUGUCAUCAAGCUCAAAAUCUCGCUGAAGACGUAGAUGAUGAGGAUAUAGAGGAUAUAAAAUGUGUCCCAUGCAGAUACCUGACGUUCUUUUAUUACCUCAACGAGCCGAAACUCGGAGGGGAGACUGCUUUUCCUAUUGCAGACAAUGAAACAAUACCGCAAAAUUACUCCCUGGUUCAAGAUGAUGUCAACAAGUGUGACCUAAGCGAUCACUGCUAUGAUGCAAACUUGUAUUACAAACCAAAGCGUGGUUCUGCCUUGAUGUGGUACAAUCACCUUGUCAGCAACACAACAGGCUGGCUGGGGCCCCUUGACGUCAUGAGCUAUCAUGGCGGAUGUGACGUCAUCGAGGGAACCAAAUGGGCAGCAAAUAACUGGAUAAACGCAGGUGUCGAUCGUGAAGCAGAUUUUAAAGUUUGGGAGCAGGCUAGGUUAAUGGAAGAAGAUUUCCUGGAGAGGAUGAAGAGAUAUCCGUGGGAGGAAGAAACACACGAGAAUGAAAACGAUGGAGGCAAUGAUACCCAAAAUAGCAGCGAACAACCUGUUAUAAAUUAACGUCACGGCAUUUUCAGUAAUUUUGGCCAAGGACAAAUAUAAUUAGCUGUAAAUCGAUGAAACCUUGAAAAUAGUUAACUAAGAUAGAAAAACACAAUAUUUUGGCACAUAAAAGAAACAAGGAUGGCUCAGGGUGGAGAAGAUAAACACGGAUUACAAACGAUGAUCUUGAAAAAUUUAGGCUAAACUUUUCAAGAUGCUUAAACUGAGACGUAGCUUGUCUAAUAGCCGUGAGCAAUUCACAAUAAUGCGUUAUGUAAUUAUAACAUCUUUUGUUUUCAUUUUUAAUUUUAAAAGCAACUAGCUGGCCUAAAUAAAAAUUAGUCUUUCCUUGAAUAAUUUUUAUAUUUAAGACAAUGAACUAUGGUAUAACAAUAAGCUAUAGAUUGCAAAGUAAGGAAAAAAUAUUAUAGAAUUUAUAAAUGGGAAGUUUUAGAUCUAAAUUUUAUCUGUAAAAAAAAUUUAUUCUGCGAAUCCAGUUUAAUAACAAGUUGUAAAAGCUACUAUGGUGUCUUAUUCGAAUUUUUAUUAACUGAAGGGUCACAAUACCUAGUUAACAAUUGCUCUAGAUUCCUAUGAGUCGGUAGUAAAUGAGGCCGUAUUUUAAAACAGCAACUUAACUCUUUAACAAAAAAUACAUUGAGAAGAAAUUUUCGUUUGAAGCUUGCCGCUUUCUACACGCGCUCGCCCGUUCAUUGAACAAUUAAUUAAGUCGCAUAAUGGCCAAUAUCCUUCCUUCAGUCUUCUUGGAAAUUGAAUUAUCUGGUAAUGUUUCUAAAUCUUCCUCCGAAACAUCAGAGAAACGUGAAAACGUUGCCGAUACAUAUGUGGACGACAACAACAACAAAACUUUAUUACUUUUUCAUUAAUUCACUGACUUCUAGCCAUUGCACUCUCAAUAAAAAAUUCAAUUUAUUGAGAACACUUAAAAGUGUUUCUCUCGCUCAAUGACCCAUAGGCUGAAAGUUACUCUCGAAAAUUUCAGGUUCUACAAUCUAGUUAAUAUUCUAAUAUUCUACAAAUAUCAGCCCGCAAACGAAUUUCGUGCGACAGUUUUUCAGGACACUUAACUUCCAAAGACAACCCAGCAUCAGCCCAAAGACUCGAGCGGUCAAACAUUCUUUUGCGGUUUCCAUUGGACCACUAAAUUUUUCCCCAGUGGCCAGGCAUAUUUUGCAAUCUUCUUCAGUUAAAUUAAACUUAUUCAUCCAAGAAAAAAUGUUUAAGGUCAACUUGUUACCUUCCAAAACGUGGAAAACAAAAAAUUAGAACCUAGCCUUUCCCCCACAUUCUUGAGACCUGUGCGCCCAAGGGCAUAGCUACGAGGGGGGGAGGGGCUGCUAGGGUGCCUGUGACCCCCCCCCCUUUGGUAAGCCUAUUUUAAGCAAGCAGCCUACAACAGGUGUGGAGGUCGACAUAACAAUCUGGUGAGUACCCUCACUUUGACAGUGUGACACUCCCCACCCCCCCUUUUGAAAAUUCCUGGCUAUGCCCCUAGCGCCUUCUUGCAGGUAUGUGUGUCGUAAUUUAUAUUCUGCAGUUUCCGGCCUAGCAACUACUUCUUCGUGUUAUAUUCUAACUAAAAUACAGACGUAGAUUUGGCUGAUAACUGCGGCCAAUAAGAUACAUAAAUACCUCUUAUUUAACCGAGUUCGAGGGCUGUAAGUUACAUACCGAGUUUUUUUCCCCAUCGAUUUAUGGUCCAAGCGUGGAAAAAUGAGCGUCCGUAACCUACAGUACGGACCGAGAA